AUGGGCGACAGGUAUCAUCUGUCUAAUCACCCCCAGCGGCUGGGCGCUCCCCGUCGCGCAUCGCAGUACGACGCCCUUCGGCCCCAAUACAGACAGCCAGAAAGACAGAUCGCUCUUCGAGACCGCUAUCGUGCCACUCAGCACGAGCGUCCCAUAUACGACGUGGUGGAGGAUGAUGAUGAUCUGUAUGAUCAUGGUCCCCAACUUGACUCAUUUGACAACAGACUGCUCCAACAACCGGUCCCCAAUCGUCAGCAACAAGCUGUAUUAGGCAGGACGCGACUGUCUUUUGCACCUGGCCAGUCCACGUUCAUCAGCAAUGCAGCGCCCAGUCAACCGCAGCAGCCUUUCCAUGCUCAUAGAAAUACGACAUAUGAUGAUGAUGAAGGUACUUUCAAUACUGGCCCCAAAAAUGCAGCUACUGAUCGAGAAGCUGAAUAUCACCUGCGGCCCAAGAAAAUCGUGCAGGGUCAACUAAGUCGUUUCGUCCACAAUCCUGCGCCCUUCCCAGAAACGAGUUCAGAUGUACCACUCGGCCGCUCAUCCAGCCCAGCGUUCAAGGCAAGCCAGAGGUGUGCUAAGCAAGUCAUUCCCACCACACCCCAACGCGAAGCAGAACCUCAACUCUUCGAGGAUAAAUUCCAAUCCCCUGAUGAGGACUAUCGACAGCAGUAUCAGCACCCUUGCAAACAGCAUGUUCAAAAUGGCUUGCGACCAAGAGAAGAUGUUGACCUUCAAUAUCUUCAACAUCGUCUUCCAAAGCCGCAGCCAAACCCAUUGCAUCUGUCUCAUGCUCCUCCCACGUGUCAGGGCAUUCGUCUCGUCCCUGUCGCAACUCUACCCAGUCGUCUUCGGACUGUGUUUCCCUAUCCAACUUUCAAUGCCGUACAAUCCAAAUGUUUUGAAAGGGUGUUUAAUACCGACGACAACUUUGUGCUUGCAUCUCCUACGGGAAGCGGAAAGACUGUCAUCCUUGAGCUCGCCGUGUGUCGCGCUGUUGCCACCAAUGCAACGGGUCAAUACAAGGUGGUCUACCAAGCACCGACCAAGGCUUUGUGCUCCGAGCGCCAACGUGACUGGGAAGCCAAGUUCAACCAGCUCGGGCUCAAGUGUGCUCAGCUGACCGGCGACAGCGACGCAGGGGAUCUUCGCAACGUGCAGAGUGCCAAUAUCAUCAUAACUACACCCGAGAAGUGGGAUAGCAUGACUAGGAAGUGGAAAGAUCAUGAGAAGCUUAUGAGAUUGAUACGAGUGUUUCUCAUCGACGAAGUCCAUAUACUCAGAGAAGAUCGCGGUGCCACACUUGAGGCGGUCGUGUCGCGGAUGAAGUCCAUAGGCACGGGCGUUCGCUUUGUAGCUUUGUCGGCAACGGUGCCCAACUUGAAUGACAUCGCCGCAUGGUUAGGGAAGAAUUUUUCUGCAUUGGAUACUCCGGCUGCCAACGAGAAAUUCGGUGAAGAGUUCCGGCCGGUCAAAUUGCAAAAAUAUGUUCGAGGUUACAAUACCAGCUCCACCAACGAUUUCGGUUUUGAGAAGGUGCUCGAUGCCAGGAUCCCUGAAGUCAUCGCUAGCUACUGUAAGCGGAAGCCUAUAAUGGUUUUUUGUGCGACCAGGAACUCUACGGCCAACACAGCAAAGCUCAUUGCGAAAUGGUGGGACUCGUCGUCUGGCAGGAAUCGAAUGUGGGAACCGCCCUCCAAGCUACCUGCGCUCUCUAACAAAGAGCUUCUGGAAAUUGUGGCUUCAGGUGUUGCUUUCCAUCACGCAGGGCUUGAUCUGGACGAUCGGAUGCAGGUUGAGAAAGGUUUCAUUGCUGGCGAGAUCAAUGUCAUUUGUUGCACUUCAACGCUUGCAGUUGGUGUCAACCUACCCUGUCAUCUCGUCAUCAUCAAAAAUACGAUGUCUUGGGGUGCGGAAGGACUUCAGGAGUAUUCAGAUCUGGAGAUGAUGCAAAUGCUUGGGCGCGCAGGGCGGCCCCAAUAUGACGACUCAGCAGUAGCGGUUAUCAUGACUCGACAAGCAAAAGUUCGCCGUUACGAGAAGUUGGUAACUGGCCAAGAUCUUAUCGAAAGCAAGCUCCAUCUCAACUUGGUGGAUCAUAUGAACGCCGAGAUCGGACUGGGAACGAUCAGCGACCUACAGUCGGCCAGAAAAUGGCUCAGAGGCACGUUUCUCUACGUCCGGCUCCAGCAGAACCCCAACUUUUACAAGCUAGAUGGCUCCCGAAGUGGUCAGAGUAUCGAAGAACAGGUCGAUGAUAUAUGCUUUCGUGACAUUACCCUCCUGCGCGAGACCAAUCUCAUAUCUGGCGAAGAGUACUUUAGAUCUACAGAGUUUGGUCAAGCUAUGGCACGAUACUACGUUAACUUCCACACUAUGAAAACAUUCAUGGGGCUUGGAUCAAAGUCCACACCUUCUGAGAUACUCUCAGCCAUGGCUCAAGCUACCGAGUUUUCAACCAUACGUUUCCGGCAAGGCGAGAAAUCCUUUUACAAACUGCUAAAUAAGUCGCCUUCAAUCCGUUGGCCCAUUCCUGUCAACCUUGAUCUCCCGGCCCAGAAGGUAUCCCUCAUCAUCCAGUCUGUCCUCGGAUCCGCCGUUAUCUCAUGGGACGGCGAGGCGGGCAAACACCGCUCGCAAUACGUAACUGAGACACAUAUCAUCUUCAAAAACAUCAGUAGUCUUGUGCGAUGUAUUAUUGACUGCCAGAUCAUCUUAACGGACUCAGUCAGCAUUCACAGUGCUCUUAUGCUCGAGAGAAGUUUAGGAGCGAGGAUUUGGGAUGACAGCCCACUACAGAUGAAGCAGAUCGACACUAUCGGCGUUAUCGCGGUCAGAAAGCUUGUCAACGCUGGCUUGAGAUCUAUCGAGGACCUUGAAGGUUGUGAACCUCACCGGAUCGAAGCGCUCGUUGGCAGAAAUCCACCGUAUGGUCUCACUAUACUUGAUAUGGUCCGGUCGUUCCCAAAGCUUCGCGUGUCGCUUCAUGCCCAGCCUGCGACUGUGAUCACAUCUCACGACGGAGUGAGAAUUCAGAUCAAGGCAGAUAUUGGCUUCAUCAACGAACAGCCGCCGCGGCGCUUCAACGAUAAGUUGAUCUAUGUGUGUCUUCUGGUUGACACCUCGGAUGGUCGCAAGAUACAUUUCGCACGUAUCAGACCAUGUCGAAAGCCGACAGCUACCAGCGAGGACUUUGGAGAUGGUGACUUGGACGACGACACACUUGUAGGUGCCUCUCUCUGUGGUUUCGACUUUGACCAGAUCGAAAACUAUGCCGACCCUAUCGCAACGGUUUCACAAAGGAACACCGAGAAGAGUAAGCCAGCCAAGACUAAAGACACUGGAAAGAGCAAGAAUGCUACACAGCCGCUCGAUGCUGCACCUGGUGACAAAUACGAAGAACCGGUACAGCUAGCCAAUGGCAAGUGGGCAUGUAAUCACGCGUGUAAAGAUCGGCUUGCUUGUAAACACCUUUGUUGCAAGGAUGGUAUGGACAAACCACCGAAGAAGAAGGCCACGGUCAAACGCGUUCCAUCAGGAGAAGAUCGGCCGGAACCAACGCAGAAAGCACCAUUUUCGAAAGGCAAACAAACCCAGACCAAGCUCCAGCUUACAGCAUCCAAGCGAAAGGUCUCAGCGUCUAUUGAUGAACUCGAUCUUACACAACAAGAGAAGAAGCAAAAGGCGAACUUCGGCAUAAACGGCCCAAGAGAUUAUCGUGGCCUACAUCAGCUGCACAAGACUGUCCAGGGUAAAGAGCUGCCUACUUCAUUGAAUUCCGUCAUGUACAAGAAACCUACCUACUGCUAUUCUCAAGGUGGUGAGCAUGGCCUUGACUUCAUGAGUUCUACAGUCGAACGGCCACCGACUUCAAGCGACUACGGAGACUUUUUGAGCGACGCACAAGAGUAUGAAGACUUCAUGGGAAAUGAGGCUGCAGAACCAAUGUGCGAAUCAGAUACCUUUGGAGACGAUAACUCCAUGGUAGAAGACGCUAUGAUCGGCCUUGCAGACUCUCGGGAUCUACAAGCGGUGCGUGAGAGUGAGGGUGAUAUCAUGCGGUCUUUUGAGAAUGCUCUCGAUGAUGCAGACGGCAUGCGCUAUGGUCAAGACGGCAACCCCAUGGAUGUCAGCUUGGGAGAUCGUAACGAUCGAGGCAAAAUCGUUCCUGUAAACCACGAUGAAUCGCACAAAGCAUGUGUCGGUGAAUCUCCAUUACUUUUUGUUGGCGACACGAGCAGCCCUCAAGUUGAAAUCGCAGACAUAUUUGACAUGCUCGAUGAGAAGCUGGCUAAGGAUUCAUCAGUCGACGAGAAGCCGGUACUUGAAGCAUUCAAAGAUCUUGAACCAUGGAUAUUCCAAGAGUUCGGCGAUAUCGUAGAGCUCGUUGAUGAAUGA